AUGCAAGAAUCGGACAUAGUCUUUGCCAAUUCUGGACUUUCGUCUACUGACGAAGUUCCUCUACCUUCCUACAUUGAUAAGAAGACCAUCGAUAAAUUGAUUCAAGAAGGAAAUAAUGUAAUAAAUACACAGUUUACUACUGGUAACGGGAUCAAUAUAGAAAACCAUCUUGAUAGAAAGACAAUGACACUACAGCGUCAAAACACCAGAGUUAACUUGCAAGUUCGCGGUACUCCAACAGUUGGGAAAGGUGAAUUUGAAUCGAAACUUCUGGGGACGCCCAAUAAUGGGUUUGCAGAGAAAAUUCUAUGCGCAACCAUGUUUAGAAAACAAUACUUACUACUCGGAAACGACCAUGGGUUGUUUACCAUUGACUUUUCUGUUAACUGGGACCUGAUAAAACCGAAGCAAAUUAUUCGUGGCUGUUCGUUUAAACAGCUGCACGUUCUAGAUGAUCAAGGGAUUCUAGUUGCAUUAGCCGGAAAAAAGCAACAGAUUCGUCUCUAUAACCUACAAAGUUUAUUGCAUCUGAUAAAAUAUAUAUACGCGUGCAAGAACGGCGUUGUUGUUGAUCUUUCAAAGACUGCUCCAGUCACAAGGAAAUCAUCUCGAAGAAAUGAGGUUCAUAAAUGUGAGCACUGUGGUUAUAGAGAUGAAGAAGACGAUAUGAAGGACAAUACAGGAAUAACAGGUGUGGAUAAGCAUGUUUGCAAAAUGUCCCGCCAGCAAGCUCUUGCUCAUGGCCCUCAUCCGUCUAUUUCGGAUUCAUCAAAUAAACACGAACGCCGACUCUCGAACAUCACAUCCCAACUGACUGACUACAUCCAGAAUCACAUAACGGGAGUCUUUGACAUCUUGGAUUUAAAUAAAGAAGAAUAUGCUGUAGCCCAUGGUUAUGCGCGAGACUACACUAAGCUUGAUCAAAAUGAGAACGUUUCUUCGUUUGUUAUCAAGGAGACCAGAAACCACAUUUACUUAAUUUGUAUCGUUACGAAUAAUACAAUAACACUUCAUGAAACUUCAACAAACAAUUCCAAGGCUAUAUUUGAAUUAAUAAAGACGUUCUGGGUUCCUGAGCAACCACGAUGGGUCAGUGUUCACACAGACACCUGGGUUGUUCGGAACAUAAUACUUCGUACUGGGAAGGAUAGACUUGUUGUAAUCGACGCGGCCACAAGUCUAGUAUCAGAGCCACCAAUGUUGAAACAUUUAAUUCCCCGCCACGAAGCCAAUCCAGAAUGGUUGACGUUUAAUCCAAUUUCAUGGAAUAUGGACUUUCUAGUGGAGGAAGCAAAGCGCUCACAAAAUUCACCGUCAACUGUAUCAGCCAUGCCAUCAGAAUCAUCCUCACCGAAAUCUCCCACAGGUUUCAAUUUCCAAAGAUCUAGUCUCCGAUCUAGGCAGGAAUUUCACAGAAAACAUUCAAAGAAUAAUUCUCGCAUUGGGGUUGACGUUUCUAUAUCUGCCGAGGGUCCAAACUCUUCGCCACAAGACAACAACCAAAUUUCAGAACCUACACCACUGAUCGAAUUUGAUGAACGUCUAUCCCCUCCUCGAUCUAUCCAAUCGCCAUUACCUUCUUUGCAUACGAAAUCAUCCCUUGCUGGAGAUAGAACAGUCACUAUUCCACGAUCUAUUUCAACAGAAGUUUUGCUACCGCCAUUGGCCAAUCAAUUGUUUCUUUGCACUAUUUCAAGAAUGUCACACAUCGUCAACAUUCGGGCUGAGCCAUACCACACAUACCGUCCUAUUCAAUGGUCAUCCCCACCAUCUACUAUAAUAUUGCUACCAAGUAUAAACGAUAUUCUGGUCGUAUCCUUUCAACUACAAACUAUUGAAGUAGGUUCAUUGAGACUAGGGAAAGUUAUUCGACAAGUAACCAGUGGCGUACCUGUUGAAUUCCUUGGAGAGUCGUCGUAUAAAGUAACAUCUGCGAAAGAACAUAAACCACCCACGAACAAUAAACAACCUGAGCUUUAUAGU